GUUUUGUAUAUUUGUUUAUGUCUAAAGUGAUAUAAUUGACUCAAUAUUUGCUUUACCAGCUGAUUUAAGUUUUUCAUGGCUCAACAAUUGGCUAAACCUGGCUCUGGUGGACAGAUGCCAAAAAUCCCCACCAAUAGAUCAAAUCCAACUGUUUUUGUACACUCACCUUCAUUACAGUUUGAUAUUAAGAAAGCUGAACAUGGCGGUGGGUUCGUCCAAGAACAACAGUUACAAGCAGCUGAUGCUCGAUCCCAUUUGGAACAUAUGUGUUAUUUGAACAUUGAUUCUGAACCACAUGCUGUUCGUAUGUCUGGUAUUAUUUGUACUAUCGGUCCUGCUUGUAGAGAAGUCAAGACUCUUCAGAAAAUGAUUAUUGAAGGCAUGAACAUAGCUCGAUUAAACUUUUCCCAUGGUACCUAUGAUUAUCAUGGUGGAACCAUUGAAAAUGUUCGUAAAGCUGUCUCGGAAUUUACUGAGAAAACAUCUAUUGCUAUUGCUCUGGACACCAAAGGUCCUGAGAUUAGGACUGGCUUAUUAGAAGGGGGAGCCAGUGCUGAAGUGGAACUGAAAACUGGUAGUACUAUAAAACUAACUACUGAUGAAAAGUACUAUGAGAAGUGUACCGCAGAGAUUUUAUACGUUGAUUAUAAAAAUAUUACCAAAGUUAUGGAAGUUGGUGGUCGUGUAUUUAUUGAUGAUGGUUUGAUUUCUGUUGUUGUUAAAGAAAUAGGUAAUGAUUAUUUACUGUGUGAUAUUGAAAAUGGAGGAGAUUUAGGAAGUAAGAAGGGGUGUAAUUUACCUCGUGUAGCUGUAGAUUUACCAGCUGUAUCAGAGAAAGAUAAACAGGAUCUAUUAUUUGGUGUAGAACAUGGGGUUGAUAUGGUAUUUGCGUCAUUUAUUCGUAGUGCUGCUGGAGUCAAAGAAAUUAGAAAUAUCCUGGGAGAAAAGGGCAGACAUAUUAAAAUUAUCUCCAAAAUUGAAAACCAUGAAGGUGUUCAAAGAUUUGAUGAGAUAUUAGCUGAAUCUGAUGGUAUUAUGGUUGCUCGUGGUGAUUUAGGUAUUGAGAUUCCAGCAGAAAAAGUUUUCUUGGCCCAGAAAAUGAUGAUUGGUAGAUGUAAUAGAGCUGGAAAACCGAUUAUUUGUGCUACUCAGAUGUUAGAGAGUAUGGUAAAGAAACCCAGACCAACUAGAGCUGAAUCUAGUGAUGUAGCUAAUGCUGUAUUAGAUGGAGCUGAUUGUGUUAUGUUAUCUGGUGAAACAGCUAAAGGUUCUUAUCCUCUAGAAUCGGUUAAAAUGAUGCAUAAGAUUUGCCGUGAAGCAGAGUCUGCAGUUUUCCACAGUCAAACGUUUGAAAAUCUACGUCGUGAAACACCAACCUAUACUGAUGCUACUCAUACCAUUGCUAUUGCAGCUGUUGAGGCUUCGUUCACUUGUAUGGCGUCUGCUAUUAUUGUCAUUACCACUUCUGGAAGAUCUGCAUUCUUGGUAGCAGCUUAUCGACCAAGGUGUCCUAUAUUGGCUAUAACUAGAAAUUCCCAAACAGCUCGUCAAUGUCAUUUAUACCGUGGUAUUUUCCCUAUACAUUAUACUGAUACAGCUGUUGUUUUUGAUUCAGAUGAUAAAUCUCGCUCUUAUCUGGAUGACAAAAUGAACGAAUGGACUGCUGACGUUGACAGGAGAAUCUGGAAAGCUAUUGAUAUUGCCAUGACAAGAAACUUCCUUAAAGAUGGUGAUCCAGUAGUAGUUUUGACCGGAUGGAAACCAGGAUCUGGUUCAACAAAUACCAUGAGAAUAGUAACUGCCACAGCAGUCAAAGAUAAGGAUUUAUUGCCACCAAUUGUUGGAAUCUCGAGUAUACCAUCAUUUACUAAUAUAGAGUCUAAUAUACCACAAACAGACUCCGGCAAAAUCCCAGUUCCUGAUGAUCAAGAAGUUAGAUUCUUCUAAAAAUAUUAUUAUAGUAUGUUAUACUGGUACAAUGUUAGUUUGUUAUUAAUACUCUCAUGCUAUAUAGUUAUUGUUUCCAGGGAGUGAAUAGAACUAAAUUAUUUACUGUAUCUGUUAAACGCGCAUCCCAGUUCCUUUCAUGGAUUAACAGUGAUAUAUAUGUAGUGUUAAGAGUACUCAAGACCACUUUCACAAAGACUUAACUGGACAUAACAACUUUGUUCUAAUCAACAGAUUGGUCAAUCACUAAAAUUAAGUCAAAAUUAACCAAUCAGAAGGUCGUAUAAUUUUAAUUUGUUUUUAAGUUAAGUUUUUGAGAAACCAUGUACAAUUGUACAUAUUAUGUCUACUGUGCAUUUACACAAAAUCGAACAAAUAACCUUUUUGCUUUUUGAGAGUUCACAGCAAACUUUUUUUAUUUUUGGAUAUACUUUUCUGACAUAUUGGUGAUGGAUUGAAUGAUUGAAUUAAAAUCUAGUUUGUAACACAACAUUUGUAGAAUUAGUAAAAAACAAAUAUCACUAAAAGAUGCUAUUGUAAAUUUAAUUCUGUUUAGCAUAUUAUACAUUGAAGAUGAGUUUACAGUCUUCCCCUUUGUGCCAUUAAUAAACUUCUAUAACUUCUGAGAAAACUAUUGUUGUGGCCAAACUUUGUGGAUAAAAAAUCUAUUGUAAUAAUUAUUCAAUUAUGAGAUAUUUUUGUGUUGUGGUGUUUUUAAUUAUCAAAGGCUGUGUUUACAAAUCUUUGUUGAAACUUAAAUUUUUCACCCAUUAACUACUUUUAGGUUAACAACAUUAAUGUUAGCUCCUCCAUCUAGUCGGAACUUAGGUAACAGGUUACAAAUGAAGAAUUUACACAAAAGAUUCCCAAAUUUAAAUUUCAGUACAAGCCAGACCUCAUAACUGUAGUACUCGCAUAUUAUGUUUGCUUUGGAUAUGAUAAAAAAUCUCAACCAAACUUUACUAAACCUUUCAGUAUGAUUGGUUGAAAUGUAGUUUUAUUCAGGAGACAAAUCAUUGGAUUGAUGUGUUGGAUUCAGAAGCAUGGCUUUAUGAAACAAAAUGAGUUUUAACUAUUUUAUUCAGUUUGGUUUUUAGCUACCUCUUCACUAGACAAAUUCCAGCAUUAUUAUAAAUUGUCUCAAUAUAUUGGGAUUGUAAAGAGGUUUUGUAAAAAUCUGUGCAAAUUGAUGCUAUAAGUAUCCCCAAAACAUAACAAAUUCAGAAAACCCCAUUGCAAUCCCUUAAUAUAACUGUUCACUUAAAAUAUUUAGUUGGUAUACUCAAGCAUUGAUUAAGGGUUUCAGUCUGUAUCGAGUAGGGGUGGUUAAACAUGAAGAAACUAAAUGAGCAUAAGACACUUGCAAGAUAGAUGUUCCAGAAUUUCAUUUAAUUUGUUUUGUAAUCAUGAUUAAAUAUUUUGAUGUUUAAUAUAUUAGUCCUUCCAAAGGAACUGUUUAGCAUUUUAUCUGGCAGAUUGUUAUUUCACUGUGAUAGGAAUAGUGCUGGGGUCCACAGUUGCUGCUAACCAAGAGAUCCUGUUCCCCAGCUGCUUAAAACAAUAAUUUAUUGAUGUUUGAAGAUGCUUUUGAGUGUAUUUUAGUGAUAAUGUAAAAUAACAUUAAAAUAAUACUGUUAUUUUA